UAAGACUAAUUUACAUGACGCAAUUUAACAACAUAACUGUGGCGCAGAUAUCAUAAAAACGACUUGUUAAAAUCUGUGGAAUCAGGUGACUUGUAUACUGCCAUAAAACUCUGAAGUGUUUUUAUCCACUGCGACUUUGUUUACAAGCUACUUGUCAACAGCUCAGAUUGACCAGAAGUAAUAUAGAUUAUUUGCAUGCUAAAACAAAAGGCACCAGACACAGAUUUGAAGCGAGGAAUGGCAAAACUGAUCAGCCGGACGGGUUUCCUUUCCUACACCUCGGGGCUGUCAGCAUUUAGGGCCGCCAUCAUCCAAGGUCAUCGCACUUUCUCUGAGUCGACCAAACACAAGCAGAACAACGGGGAGGACAACUCUGGUCGGACCCCAUACACCCUGUGGCCCGAUGCCAAGCUAGGUCCGCUAGCCCCACAGGAUCCACGAUUUCCUCUCCCGGGCAACGUCGGCCUUGGAUUGAAGCUGCAGCCUCCACAGUCUGAGGUACUUAUCCCCAGCCCAUCAGCAGGUCCAGAUGUACUAACACACCCCCUACCAUCAGAUAGACAUGCCAUUGUGUGGGCUUACUAUGUACAGGCUGUGUCAGAGGCUCAAUCUGAUUCUGAGAUCAAGGAAGCUUACAAUGCUCUCCGUAACCAUCCCACAGCACUGGAGUGCAUCGCUCAGGCUUGUCCAGAUAGCCUCAGGAAAGGAUUCAGUGAGUUAUUCCCAAGCAGCGAUAUAGGAUCAGAUGCCAGUUUAACAGUAGUCACCAUGUGUCAAAGAACACAACACGACAUGUCAACUUGGUCAUCGGACGUAGAGGAAGAGAGAGAGGAACUUCUAGAACAUUUUGUGAUGAGUGCUAAGGAGAUUUGUAAGAUCCUCAGAGAUGCUGGCUACUGGGCUGACUUUAUAGAUCCGUCAUCCGGACAAGCUGUAAGUACAUGUAUACAUAGAACUUAUUUUAUCUGUUUACUCUCGGAGGGCUGUUUCAGAAAGAGAAGUAUGACUUUAAGAAUCGUGCUUUAUAACGCCAACACAUUCUAACAAGUAAUCUGAUUGAUGGUUACAUGGUAAUGUGCUUCCCAUGCGCAUCACAGAGCUGCCAAGUAGUACGAUUAUUCUGCUUUUCAUACGGAAGUGUUCUCUUACAGAGGCAAUAAAACUCACUUGAUGUAGUGUGAAUGGGUACAUGAAAUUUAUUCCAUGGGAGCAUUUCAUGAAAGGACUUGUCGGACGUUUCAUCCGACAAGUACUUAUUUAUCCGACAGUUACCAUAGUGAC